GGGUGAGGUAGGAGCAGACGGAGCUCAGAUUCAUUUCUGCUUGUGGUGCUGGAGCCACAACAUAUUGCAAGAGCAUAACGUGACACACAAGGAGCCGGGACACCCACAGCUAUCAAAUGGAUUACUCUGACAUGUACUUGUGAACUCCGACAAAGCAAAGGACCAUACAGUAUAGAGGCACACAAAGGACUUGUCCAGAGCUUGCAGAACGUCUUUGUCCCACUUACAGAAAAAAAAACUAGCUGGCUUUGAUGAAGACACAUUCAUUUAAGAGCCAGCUGAGCGGUGGGACUUGACAGCAGUGAAGAUGUGAAUGCUUUGGGUAAAUUCUGACCAAUUUUUGCCGCACAGCAACACCACUUUAGUGGAUCAUAAGAAUGGAAAGCAUCAGUGUGGAAACGGACUGGGAUGGGUUUGCCCUCUCCUCUCUGGUCGCAACAGGAAGGAACAACUUCUCUUCCUCAUCUUUGUUAUUUUCUGAACUGAACUCCCUCAACAGUUCUCACAGCGAUGGAUCCUUUUUUGGGAUCUUCCCUGAGAAUGGUUCCACCACCACGCCUUACACCCUACCCCAGCCCAAGAUGAGGGACCUGGGCCUGGCCCGGGCAGAGAUUGCAGUGCUCGGGGUGGUGCUGGCUCUUACCACCCUGGGGAAUAGCUUUGUGCUGUGGGUUCUGCUGAGGAGGAGGAAGCAUAAUGCCCCCAUGCACGUGUUCAUGGUCAACCUGUGUGUGGCUGACCUGGUGGUGGCCCUCUUUCAGGUUCUUCCCCAGCUAAUAUGGGACAUCACAGAGAGGUUUCAGGGGCCUGACUUUCUCUGCCGGUCCAUCAAGUACUUGCAGAUUGUGGGCAUGUUUGCUUCUUCCUACAUGAUAGUUGCCAUGACGGUAGAUCGGCACCAGGCCAUCUGCUGCCCGUUGCAGGCCUACCGUGGGGGAGCAAUGUCCUGCUGGAACACCCCUGUCAUGGUGGCUUGGGGCUUGGCUCUAGUCCUCAGCAUACCACAGGUGUUCAUCUUCUCUCGUUCAGAAGUGGCUUCUGGGGAGUUUGAGUGCUGGGGUCACUUUGCUGAGCCGUGGGGGCUGAAGGCCUACGUCACCUGGAUGACUGUGGCUGUCUUCGUCCUGCCCACCCUCAUCAUUACCAUCUGUCAGAUAAGAAUCUUCCGAGAGAUUCACAAUAACAUCUACCUGAAGUCAGAGAGAAUGGUGAUGGCUGAAUUAAAGAAGAAUGAAAUCUUCUUCCGUUUCGUCAACUCUAAGAAGGAGGACGAGCGGGCCAGGGAGAGGGAGAGGGGGAGAUGGGCGUCAGGAGGAGGGGGUAGGGACGACAGAGGAGGACAGCUCAUAAAGGGUGUGAAUAACAACCCUCACAAUAACACCAAUAACAGCCAAGCAGGACAGUGUUACGACUAUGUACCCUCGUCUAUCCAGUACAACAGUUGCUGUGGUGAACAUGUGACAACAACAACGUCGCCCACACAGCGGCAAACACUGAACGGCUCAGAUUGCCAGGACUCCUACACGUCCUAUGAGCUGGCCUCAGGCUCACCCCGCUGCUCCCUUGACUAUGCAUGCCCUCCCCCUCCAGCCACUCAACCUCCAUCCACUCCGCCUCCAAGCAUCACUAAAGCCAUGUCCAAGACAGUGAGAAUGACCCUGGUCAUUGUGCUGGUCUAUACUAUCUGCUGGUCACCUUUCUUCAUUGUCCAGCUUUGGGCGGCCUGGGACCCCAAUCCUCCACACCAAGCAAGAGUGGCCUUCACCAUCCUGAUGCUGCUGGCUAGUCUGAACUCGUGCACCAACCCGUGGAUCUACACAGCUUUCUCCAGCAGCGUAUCUAGAGAGCUGCAGAACCUGCUGCAGUGUCGGUCACGAACUGGCCGCCGAGGCUCCCUGCCCGACGACUCCACCACCACACACACCUCUACCACCAAGGACAGCCUGUACUGACAGAGACUAAUGAGACAGGAACAGACACACAGAGACAUUUUUAAAAAUACAUGCAAGGGUGCACAUGGGCCCGAUGCAAGAAAGGGCAUCUCUGCCAUCACUACCUCCAGCGUCCCAGCCUGAGAACAGAGCGGGCUGACCUCUACCAGAUGUUUCAAACAACAAAGGACAGCUGUACUGUCAACAGGACGUUUAUCUGUAAUCACUGGUCCUCUCUCCCCAGCAGAGUGGAAUGGUGUCAUUGAGAAUGUCAACACCAUUUUAUGAGGGCACUGUGGAAUAUACAGUGGCUGUCAGCGACAUCAUCUGUAAUGCAAAAUGGCCUUGAAAGUAAAGAGCUUUUCACCUCAGAUGCGGUUGAGAAGGACCCUGUGCAUUGAUUUAUAAGAGGAAAACUCUUUCCUGCUCAGACAGAGUGGAGCAGCAGGAAUGCAAAGGGUGGAUCACUCAAUUAAUGGCCUUAUGGCACGCCUAAUGUACAAAGCAGUAGACAAAGCAAUGGGUGUAGGGAAAACAAAGCAUCAGGCUAAGUGAAAGAGAGAGACACACACACACGGACACAGACAGACAGCAAUAGAGCGAGACGGCUGUUGGACUGGAAACAGACAGGGGAAGACAUGUAUGUUACAGCUGCAUGAGCAGUCAUGAGAAGGCCGUAGUAAAUAUCUAAUAAUAAUGUGAACAAUCUUUGUUGACUCAAAGUAGAUCAGAGGCAGAUUCUUGAGGCUGAAUUCAUAUUCACCCAUGAGGAAUCCUGUUCCAAGGAACAAGAGUGAUUUGUUAGCCAGAUGGACGGAGAUUCAUUCAUGAGGACAGUCCGUUUUGUCGAGACAAUGCCCCGCGAGGAACUGGAAUACUGGGGAUCACUGCAGACAGAAACACACACAAACUCACAAAAAAAUAGAAGUUGCAGGAGGAGGAUUAAGCCUAGAAGAAUACAAAUGAACUAUCCAGAUUUCUGAAACCAACCGGGACACAAUUAUUUAUGUGAUUGUAUUUUGUACAAACGCAGAAGAUGAGGUACAUGAAAUUACUUUUCUGUCAGGCUCUCCUGAAUGUAUGAAAGAAGAACAUGAACACUAAACUGAAGAUGCAGAAAGGAAACAAACAGCAUUCCAUGCACAGGAUGAACAAUGUAAAGUAUAUUUAUUUAAAAUGGAAGGCACAUUUGAUGGUAUUAGAUUUUGUGUGAGAUAAAUGUUGAAUGUAAAGAUUGUAAUGUCAGUAUAGUAAAAAAAAGUGGAUGUCAAACCAAAGAUUUUUCAAAAGCUUGACUGAAAAAUCCAUUCAGGUCUUCAGGAGGUAAUCCCAGAGCUUCAACAGAUACCGCAUAUUAAGUGUAAGAAAGUCUCAGUUUAAGAAAAACUUCACAUCAACAGUGAAAAUACUCUCAUUCAAACCAAGUGCCUGUAAUGUUAGUAGUUAGCCAUGUUUUUCUUAGACCGAGCUGCCACCAGAGCAGGAUACAUUUGUUAUAUCACACUACAAGCCAUUUCAUCUUUUUAAUUUAUUGUUAUAUAAUAUAUAGAGGUCUGUAUACAGUAGUUAGCAAAGUAUUUACAAUAUAUCACUUGGUUCCUGGUACUGCCUUUUCUUCAUGUACAGUUUUUAUCUUACAUUUGCUUCUGUGUAAAGAGUAAUGUAUUAUGCCCCUCAACUGCAUGACAGAUUUAAAAAAUUACUAUUUUUUUUAUAAAGUAUGAUUAUAAUAAGCUACUGUACAUGCUGUGAUGAUGUUAUGUGUAUAAAAAAAGAUUAGAGCUUACUGUAUAUGGUCAAACUGUUCAUUUCUGAUUAGAUGUUCCUGUAAAAAAUGUGUUAUUUUUUUUUACAAAUGCCAUUCACUCAUUUUAAAUUACUUCAGCACACCUUGCUUUCAUGAGAUAGCAGUGUUAUGCGAUUCUUCAGGACAAUGCUUGGAUGCUUUCAAGGUGCCUCAGGAGAACUCGUUGUCUGGGUCAGAGGAGAAGCCUCACCUUUUCCUCUGUGCGGCCAGAGUGUUCAGGCUUUCAGCACACCACUGCGCAUUUGUUCCCCAGACGCGAGCCUACACUUUGAUUCCCUGCCAAAACAAAAGGCUACAGAAACAACGUCCCGUGUCUCACUUUGUUAUAUCAGGAAAUAGAUGAACUUCUCCCAAACCCUCAGGGUAUUCAUGUGUUUUCCUCUUCCUGACAGGAAGCUGAGAGGUCAGAGGAGGAUUCUUCUCUGCUGAAAGGGCCAGAUUUCAGAUCCAUCCAGCCUGUCAGAUUGAUGGGAGAGUCUGCACAGCCAUUAGUGGACAUUACAGCAAAGGCUUGCAUUAAUAAUGAAUAUUCUCCAAUAAAUGGCACAAAACCCACUUAAA